CAGCACACAAGUGCUCCAUAUGCCACUGCCAGUCAUUACUAUAGAUGAUAAUAUCAUCCAGAUAGGCAGUGGCAUAUGCAGCAUGUGGCCGGAAGAUUUUGACCAUGAGGCGCUGAAACGUGGCCGGUGCCCUGAACAACCCAAAAUGAAGUGUGACAAACUGGUAUAAUUCAAACAGCGUUGUGAAGGCUGUUUUUUCUUUGGAUAAUGGAGAUAAGGGGAUCUGCCAAUAUCCUUUUGUCAAAUCCAGUGUCGAAUAAAAUCGAGCUGUACCCAGCCGAUCAAGCAAUUCGUCAACCCACGGCAUUGGAUAUGUGUCGCAUUUCGACACAGCAUUCACCGUAAGGUGAAUAAUCCACACAGAAUCGCACGGAGCCAUUUGUUUUAGGUACUAAAACUAUCAGGCUCGCCAAAUCACUGUGGGACUCCUCUAUUACUCCCAUCUCUAGCAUUGCUUCUAAUUCCAUCUGAACAACCUUUUUUUGUGAUCAGGCAAAUGAUAUGGCCGGCUGCGAACCAUCACACCUGGCUCAGUCUCAAUAUAGUGCUGUAUAAGGUCUGUUUGGCUAGCAUCACUGAUUCCGCCUCGCUCCAUUUUUUGAGGAAGUUGAGGUGGUUGAUAUGAUGUGCUCCGCCCCUGUCUGUACGAAUUACCUCAUAAUUAAGAUCUCGAUUUCGCUGUGUGACCUUAAAGGUUCAUGAAACCCAAAAACACAAUUUUUGAGAUGCUAACAGAUAUAUUGCUUAAAACAGUAAUAGCUGUCACAAAAUAUGUUACAAAGUGGAAACUGUCAUUUUCGCGCUUUUUGGGACCAUUUUGUUCAUCCAGUUUAAAAAGUUAAGUUCAAGGCAUGUGACGUAAACCUGAGUCAUCUGAGUGCUCAUUGGCGGCGUGGCUGCACAUUUUACAUGACAAAGGACUCGUCUAAUCCAAUAACUGCGCUGUGAUUUGCAUGAGCUAUCCCAGUAUUUAUGCGUUGGAAAGUAGCACUCGUGUCACUCGUUGUUGUUUAGAAUCAUGGCUCGUGUUUGUGCCUUUGUUCAUUGCAACAACACAAAAGUGUUGUUUUCAUUUCCCCGCAACUCGACCAGAGCUGAAGUUUGGCUGCAUGCUGCUGGUUUGCGGUGUCCUAAAAAAACACAUGGAAAAUAUAUUUGCAAGGAACAUUUUUUUACUGGACAGUUUUGUGAAUUGGAGACUAGUGCAAACCGGUUUCACGGAUCAUCUUUUUUUUUUGAAGAAAGAUGCUGUGCCAGUUCCUGUCCUCUCUACCAUCCACACAAAUGAGCACAGUGAUUGAAAUCCCACAUUACAAAAUGAGGAAGUUCAUUGUUUAUGAGGAAAACCUCAUCGAGCUCUUCAGGAAGUGUCCUGUCUGCACCAGAAACUGUGUGGACAUGAGAGCUGACUCACCUGGUACUGCUGCACGUGAGAGGCUCUGCAACAUAAGCCUGGCUCCAAGACUGCUAAGGGACCUAGAAAAUCUAAGUGGUGACCACCAGAAUCACUCACUUGAGUUGUUUCACAGUCUGCUCAUUCGGUUUGUGACAAAGAGUGUGGCAUUUUCUUUUGUCGGGAUGUUGUGCAGAUCGCAACUGGCAGCUAUGCACUACAGCGAAAACAAUGCAAGAGAACAAGCCACAACUGCUACUGGACAGCUAAGAUGGCACAUGCAGUAUCCUCAUUACAAAAAGGGAGAAUGCACAGUGAGGCCACUAAAGACAAGGCCUACAUAUGGGUAUGCUGAUCGAUUACUAGAGCUUCUUUUUGACAGUGUGUUAGAGGAGCCGAACCAGUUCCAGGACGAGCUCAAGAAAUUCCAGAACACUUGUGUACCCAGUUCACACAACAUGAAAAAUUUGAAACUGUAGCAAUGCACACUUCAUGCUUCAAAUCCUUGACAAUGGAGUAGAAGAGCCACUUAGCCUAUGCACUUAGCCUUUAUAUAAACACAUAUUAAAUGAAAUAACUUGUUCAGGGCAAGAGUAAAUUAAAACUAAACCUUAAUUUUCACAUUUCAUCUUCUUUUCCAAAAUUUUUAAGAUUCUGCAAGAUGUAUCUAAACGUUUGAUCUGAACUGUAUAUUUAUAUCUGCACAUAUCUUUUGCAAAUAAUACUUUUAAUAAACAUGUUUAAUGCCAAGAACAUUGAUGACUUUCUUGUUAGUAUGAUCAAUUUUUCAACAUUGCUUAAAUACUUUUAACAAUGUGACCAUUAGCACAUUGGUUUUCUGAGUGCUAUUCUCACAUGAUUCUCAAAUAUCAUGGUGUACUACUUGCAAAGUACUGCAUAAUCUGUGCUGUUUACACCUUUCAUCAUGACUGUUGGAAUGCUAAUGUUCAUAAUAAUGUUUAUAUGUUUACAAGUAUAGGUACACGUUUAGGAAGCAGAGAAACUACCAUUUUGUAGCAUAUACAUAUUUUAUUUUUUGAUACAUUAUAACAAAAUAUUUAAAACACUGAAAUUAGUUACAUCAAUCAAGUGGAGGGGGUAAAAAAACAGUAUAGUUUACACUUUGUUCUGGGGACUCCUGUCGGAUGCGUGUAACUGCACAGGAGGGUAUCAAGUCAAGUCACCUUUAUUUAUAUAGCGCUUUAAACAAAAAAGAUUGCGUCAAAGCAACUGAAC